ACUCCCAUUCUCUCCUCUCCUCUCCCCUCCUCUCCUCCUCAAAAGUUUCCGGCAGAGCCGCAGAGCAAUCGUCGCAAAUCAUCACUGAAAAAGGUUUUCGAGGAUGCGACCAAAGACUGUGUGGAUAGAGAAGUGAAAGAACUAUUCGGCAUGAUUCGGGACUACGAUUCCCUCAAUCGAAAUGCGAUUAUCAUGUUCAAUUCCAUGGCAAAUCACGGCAUGGUUCACGAAGCCAGAGAGCUCUUUAAGCCUGUCACUGAGCCGGCCACACUGCCGGAAGUGGCCGUAUUCACAUUCGUGAUUUUGGUGUACGCCCAUGCUGGCAAGACCAAGGCUGCUCUCAAGGUCUACCACCACAUGUUAUCCACUGGUGUCACUCCCACCGCCUACACUUACACUGUACUCAUCACCGCAUUUGGAAGAGACUCUUCGGGUUUCAAUUUUGUUGGAUAUGCUAAGAAAUUCUUUUUGGAAAUGUUGGAUAAGGGGAUGAAACCCCUUUCUGCAACCUACAUGAUUGUGUUGGACCUCGUUGCCUACAGAGAACCGGUGGACAAGGCCAAGGAGUUCCUUGAGCAGAUAGAAGCUAAGGGUUGGUUAAGCCCCGGCUCCAAUGCUUAUCAAUUCAAAGAAGGUCACCUCACAGACGCAAUGCAGGUAAUCAAGAUGUAUUCUGAUCUUGUCAACAACAUCGUGGAUGAGGAUGUGCAAACAUUCUUCCGCAAGUUGCGCACCUGCCCAGGUGGUGUCAACAAACGGUCGAGGAAGAUGCAGAAGGCUUUGAAAGAGGAUGGAAAUGUAGACGAGAGCAUAGAGAUUUUUAGCACCAUUCUUCAGACGGGCAUGGAGCCCAUGGUCCUACUCCACACCUCCGUUAUUGAAGCCUACUUAAAGUUUGGCAAGACCAAGGGUGCCCUGGAGGCGUACUGGGGCAUGUUCGCUGCUGGGGUGGCCCCCAACUCCUACACUUACACUGUUUUAAUCAAGGGACUUACUUCUGACCCCAACUUUUUUGGAGAUGCCAAGAAGUGCUUGCUAGAGAUGAUGGACAAGGGAAAGCGGCCCAAUGAUGCUACCUACACUGCAGUGAUAGAGGGCUUUGCAAAGCAGGGGGGCAAGGCAGCUGAGGAGGAGGGAAAAGAGUUUGUGGCGGUAUUGAGGGAUAAGGGGUUCGUGCCUAAUGCAAAGGCAAUGAGGGAUGUUUUAAAGGGCAGACCAACACCUGUUAUCAGAAGAGUCAUGAGUAUUGUCCUUUCCACAUUGAAGCAGUGAUAUUCUGCUUCAUAGAUGUUACACCAGCAGCUUUACGAUUAGGAGGUUUCAGAUAUGGGGAAACUCAUGUGUGAUUGGGUUUCAAUAUUGGUGGAUUUGGUACUGUUUUCUAUGAUAUUGAAAUAGCUGUAGUUUCUGUUUUUUUCUUUCCGGUGUUCUGCACUCGAAUUCUUUUCUUAGCCACAUGAAAUUAUCUGCUUUUGACAGGUUGGGCAUGAAGAACUGCUUCUACUUAGGUUGAUACAAAAAGAAAAUAAAAAAGAAGUUGCUUCUACUUUGGUAUAUCCAAUAGGAUAUAUAACUUGACUCUUUUUUAUUUUUUUUGGGGGCAAAUAAUUUGACAUGUAGUUAUGCUAGACUCAUAGUUCAGAGAUUAAAAAAUUUGAAACUU